UUAAAUGCAGUUCAGUAACGUUAACUAACACAGCUAGGUUAGGUUAGUUAGCUCUCUGUUAGCUAGGUUAAGAAAGCUACACCUGACUGACUGGUAAAAUACUGCAAAUCUCUGCUGGACUGGACAGUGUUUUAGGAUUUAUGAACAGCUCUGACUGUAAUAAAUAAAACUGAGUUACUGGAAUCUGGGUCAGAGGACUACUGACUUGUUCUGAUAAUCUCCUUUGGUGUAAAGCACAAUGAGCUGCUCUGUGUUGCUCCGCCUGCACCCUGGGGACCUCCAUAAAGUCCUGCUGCCCAUCUACAAUGCUGCGACCGUACGCCUGCUUUGCUCUGCCUCUCGACUUAGCCGCAACCUGAGAGAGAGCUACCGCAUCCUGCAGCUGCCUGAGGAUGGAGACAGCAGCCCUGAAGAAGUAAAGGAGGCCUAUAUGCGUAUGGCCAAGCUCUAUCAUCCAGACUCUGGAACCCCAACAGCAGAUGCUGCAUUGUUCUGCCACAUAGAGGAAGCUUACAGGGCUGUAGUGGCCCACCUGGCCCGGCGGAGGUCUGCGUCAUCAAAUGCUCAGAUGGAUGAGGAUGAGGAAGACAAGACUAAAAACCAGGCCCCUCAGCACAGGCAGUACCUCAGCUUUGAAGGCGUGGGCUCUGGAACACCCAGCCAGCGUGAGCGGCAGUAUCGGCAGUUUAGGAUGGACAGGGCCACAGACCAGGUCUUGGAAUAUCGGCGUAAACGCAUGGAGCAGGCAGCAGCAGAGGAGGGUGCCAUGGUGGUUAGGGAUGCACGCAUGCGUAGCAAGCAGAUCAAGAUCACGCAGGCUGUGGAGCGUCUGGUGGAGGACCUCAUCCAGGAGUCCAUGGCCCGGGGUGACUUCCGCAACCUGAGUGGCGCUGGUAAGCCACUCAGCAAGUUUGACCACAACCCAUUCUCUGACCCCAUGACACACAACCUGAACAGGAUCCUUAUUGACAACGGUUACCAACCUGAAUGGAUAGUGGCCCAGAAGGAGAUCAGAGAGACCAUUAAGAAGCUGCGGGACAGACUACAGGAGGUCCGGUCCCGGCUUGGCAGCCCCAUGAGGCACUCUGAACAGCUGCAGUGGAAAGAGCACUGUGCAGAUUUCACAGAUGAUCUGAAGAAGCUCAACAAAAAAGUGGACACGUUCAACCUGAUUGUGCCUCUAAUGAGUCUGCAGAUGGUUCAUUUUAAUACAAACAGGGAGGUAGAAAAUGUGAUGAAAGCUGACCAGGAAUAUAGGAAGAAGAUGGAGCAGGAGAGGAAGCACAUGAAGGACAGUGAAGAAGCAGACACAUCAAAGCAGAACUCUAGACAAGGACUCAUUAUGUGGAUGCAGAGUCUACUCAAAUAAAAAUAUCCCAGAGUUUUAUAUCUGUAGUACACAAUACUGUCUUGAACUGAAGUCUAAAAUAAGCGCACAACUCACAGCUCUUUAAUAGUCUUUUUCAUUUAUUAUUACAGUUAAUGUGAUAUACAGAGGAUCAGAAAAGGCGGUAACAUGAAUAUCAGCUCAUAAAUAUCACUGUUAUGUAACACAAUUAUGUAAAUAAAAAUGAUGCUUAUUUAAAAUCAGUAGAGAGUUAAAAAAGGAUCAGAUUAUUUUUUUCCACCCAGAGGCAAAGACUAUAAAUAUAAUCCUUUUAAAUUCCAGAAUGAGAUGUAUGAAUAGUUUCUGGAUAAAUUAAGGUACAGUUCAGUGAGGCUGACAAGAAACAAUACUAUAAUGCAGUACAUAUAAGCUUGUAUCUCCAAACAGCAACUUUUCGGAAAAAGUUAAAAAAUCCAAAUGGAGAUACAUUAUUUUUAACACAUGUAAUAUAUUUAACAUUUAAUAUAUGCAAUGUCCAAUCACAUUUGAACACUUUAGUUCCACUUGCAUUCUUUAAACUGACAUUUUCCUGCUUUCUUAUUUGAUUUUUUUUGUCCAUACAGCAACAAAAAGCUUACAUGCGCAUGCAAGC